AUGUCUGGAAAGCUGUGGUCCAAGUCCAUUUUUGCUGACUAUAUGUGGGGUCUCCAGAACCAGAGGGAGCACACAGCUUUUCUUAAAAUUGAAAAUGUUUAUGCUCAAGAUGAAACUGAAUUCCAUUUAGGCAAGAGAUGUGCUUAUGUGUACAAAGCAAAGAACAACACAGUUACUCCUGGUGGCAAACUGAACAAAACCAGAGUAAUCUGGGGAAAAGUAACUCAUGCUCAUGGAAACAGUGGCGUGGUUUGUGCCAAGUUCCAAAGGAACCUUCCUCCUGAAGCCAUUGGCCCUAGAAUCCGUGUGAUGCUCUACCCCUCAAGGAUUUAA